UUUUGAUUUUUUUUGGUCAACGCGCAUUAACUAGGAUUUUAAGUGAGGGUCAGAUCUUGCCUAUGUUUUGAUCUGAGAGUGAUUCACAAUCAAUAUAGAAGAAGAGAUGGUAUAGAUGGCAGUGUAUGGGAAUGUAAAGGGGUUGAAUCGAAGAAAGAGAUUCAAACUGCUGUCAGAAACACUGGCUCUCUUUUCCAGUGAUGAAGAAGAACCUUUAUCAUCUGAGGCUACAAAUGGAUCAGUUGCAAUUACAGAUCAAAUACCUCCAAGUUCAGAUAAGUUAAUGGCAGCUAUUUCUAGAACUGCUAAUGAUGUUGUAUCGACUCAAUUGAAUAAGGAAGAUUUAUUGCCAUCGAUUCAAUUAGACAAAGAACUUAAAAAGCGACCUUUACAUGUGAAACGAACUAAACUCCACAAAUUCGAUAGAUCUAAUAUUGAAGAUGAAGAGGAUGAAUUAACCAAAUCACCUAAGAAAUAUACGAAAGUUAUCAAUGUGAUUCAGAGCUCACCAACCAAGAAGAGUUCAAGUCCAUUAAGUACACCACCUAGAAUUAAGAAAUCAAAUCUAAUGGCAAAAUUCAUCGCGGUUGCAAAUACACCUCCUACCAAAGUAUUAUCCAAAGUUGACAAGGUAAGAGCGUCAUCACAAGUAGUUAUCACUACUCCGAAGGAGAAAUCUGCAUGGGAUGAUUUAUUUGAUAAUCUUGGUGAUAAAAUUGAAGUACCUCCUUCUGUACAACAGAUGGAAAGUGAGUCGGAUCUUGAUGAUGAAAUUGACGAAGAGGAUGAAGAUGAUAGUCAAGAAGAAGGUGAGGUAUCUAAUAUUGAUUUCCAAUCUAUUUAUGAUUCAUUCGAUACUGCCAAUAAUGAAGAAGUCAAACCAUCACCGGGUUAUGCCAAAAUUCUAGCUGAUAAUGUUCGAGUAAAGACGUAUAGUUCGGAACGGUCCUUCUUAUAUGAAGAAUCAAAACAAACCCAACCUACCACUAAUAAACAUGAACAUCACAUAUUAAUCAGUGAUACUCAUGAUUUUGCUGUUGAUGUUGAUAAUGAAAAAUUAGUGAGUAUUAAUGAUUUACGAAGUUUAGGAAAAUUGAAUGAUGUUAAUGAUAAUUUUAAUUUUAUGAUUGAAGGGUUGGAGUUGGUAGAGGAUCCAACUGUACUGAUUGAAUCAUCAAAUUCUAUACUAAUCUCAAGUUUGAUUGAUUUAUGUAUUGAAUUGUAUGAACAUAAGACGCUAUCACAAUUCUUGACAUAUCAUAAUUUAAUCAUUCCAAAGUUGAACCGAAUUAUAACUCAAUUGAUUCAGUAUAGUGACAGCAAGGGUAAGGAUUUGAUAGUCUCAUUGAUUGGUAAAGUCAUGUUUCAAUAUAUUAAACAUGGAGAUGAUUUAGUUAAAGAUCAAUUGAUGGAGUUGAGGUUGGUCCCUAUCAUACUAAGCUUUUGCCUUAAGGGGAUGAAUAAUGAAGUCAAGGAACUACAGGUAAAUGCCUUUAAUAAGAAUCGAUUAAAGAAAUUAAAGAUAAGCCAUGAUUUGAUUAAUGAGUUUGGGGAAUUGUUAGUUAAAUUCCGAAGUUGGAAUAUCUUUUUAGUUAUGGAAGAUCAAUUAAACCAAACUAAUAUGAAAAGGUCUAUCAUAUUGGAUUAUUUUGAAAAUUAUUUUGAACGUAAUUAUGAAAUUCAAAGGUUAACCAACUUUUCAAAUCAAUUGUAUAUGCAUUAUUUUAAUAGAUUACAAGAAUUGGGCCAUGAAGAAGAGAACUUACAAAUUUUAAAAAUCUUAGUGAUCUUAACUACUAACUAUUCAUAUGAGGAGUAUGAAUAUGAAUUAAGAGAUAUAUAUCGACUUGAAUAUUUGAAAUCGUCAAUUGAAUCAAUCCCAAAGUUGAUCCAACAAAAUCAAAUCAAUUUAUCAUUAUUUUUAUGGGGUUAUUUAAUCAAUUUUAUAGAAUCAAUCACGAUUAAAGUGAUCCCGUCAGAGAUCAUACAGAACGUAGCAUGGUUGAAUCAACAACCUUCACAGCCAGAGAAAGAGGAAUCAAUCCAUUUAAUGGGAUACAAUUGCAUAUUUGUAAGUUAUUUACAAUUACAACAUCGUCAUAAAGAUGUCGGCAUUACAUCUGAUGAUUUAAUUAUUCGAUUGAAUCAUUUUAAGAAGCAUAUUUCCAAUCGAGGUAUUAUAGAAAAGAUUAAUCAUCUUUUACAAGAAUUAAAAGAUUUAUAGAUAAUAAAUAUCUUCUUCUUUCUUUUCUUCUACAUUGAUAGUAUUGAUAUAAAAAAUCAUUUAAAAAUGUAUAUUUUUUUGUUUUGGUUUUACUAAAACUAGAAUAUCAUUAAUAGUAAGAACACGACAGAAUGUGAUGUUUAGACUGUAGGGACAUGUGUAAGUAUGAUGAAAUACGGUAUGAAUAAGUACGUGUUAAGAUAAGUCAGUUAUUGACAAGUCAAUGACUUUUUUGUUAUGAAGAUGAAAAUGAACAUGAAAAAAGGGUAAGAUGAAUAUGCUAAGGAAGGAUGGAAGGAACGUAUGAACCCAACCAACGCAUCUAUUCUUCUUUAAGACCACAGAUGGCUCUACCAGUGUAAUAUAAUGGGAAAGCAGUAGUGACAGCAAAGAGAGCAUAGAAUGGGUAAACUAUUAA